AUGUUUUCGCUCAUGUAUUCUCGCAUACGGGAUAGCGGUCGCAUCCUCCGCAAGCAAAAUCAAACUGCAUGCCCUUGGAUCGAAGUGAUGCGGGAAGAUUGGCCUGCUUGGGUCAAGUCCUUACACGAUAACGAAAGUCGUGACAAGAGCGCUCUUGGCGUCUGGACGGAUCCAAAGAGCAUUCAGCACCAUGAUGGUGCGCGAUGUGAACACUGUGUUUCUAGGGAUCGCGAUAAACAAGAAAAGUGGCAAAGAGACUUACCCUCCAGAACCAAUCUCGAGAUUGUCAUCGAUGAGGCCCCGCGGACCUCCAAGAGGUUAUGGAUUGAGGCUUCUCGAAAUCAGCCUAGAAUUUGGACAAUAGUCUUCUCAGGCAUGUUGAAACGCAUGGGCUGUUCCGUCAGGAUUCUAGGUUGGGAAUUAUUUGAUAAGGUCCGUUGCCCACUCCCAGGCUGCAACUCCAAGAAAUCCGCAAUGGAUCUGGAACAACAUGUUCUGUAUAUGAAGUGCGCAACGAGUCCAACGCAAUUCCAUGUCCCCACUUCGACUGCACAGAUAGCCCACGUCGCUACACGCCAGGGCAAGCUGGCGACCACAACGGGAACUCCAAUGGUCCGAAGACCAUCAAGUGCGUUCUUACUGGUUGUAAAAAUUUGGAUGUGCUGUACAAUAACCAAAAUCCGAGAAAGCCAAGAGAACGAUGCUAUAACAGGGAACGAACGUCAAGUCGAACGUUUCAUGCAGGAUGGAGUGGACAUUUCAGAAAUCAAUUCAGCCGGAACCGCGUAUUGUCAGGAUGAAGCGGCGCUGGACGAUGACAUCGAACAUGAGGAGGAAGAGGACGAAUUUGAAGAAGAAGAGGGCGAGUAUGAAUCAGGAGAGGAAGCUGUUUCGACCGUCAAAGACAACCUUAGUAUUCGAACGAUAAUUGACUGCACAAUCUCGGUAGGAAAAACUCGGUCGGACUUUCUGGCGUCAAAAAUCACAUCGACUGACGAGAUUCUUUAG